UUCAUAACCGAUCUCGGGAGUUUCUACGGAGUAUACUGUACAAGAUAUCAGGUUCACAAGCCAAGUGAGAGAAACCUUUGCUAUUGCAAAACAAUAAACCAGAACCUAAGACGACAAACAUGCCCGAGGGUGGGAAUCCCGUCAUUGGCCUGCUGGGCGGAGGGCAGCUCGGGCGCAUGCUCUGCGAGGCUGCCAACCCCCUGGGCAUCGACGUCGCCAUUCUCGACGAGGAAAAGGCGCCGGCGAAACAAGCUCACGACACGGGUCGCCAUGUCACCGGCUCAUUCAAGGACCCGGACUGCAUCCGGAAGCUCGCUACUGUAUCCGACUAUCUGUCAGUGGAAAUCGAGCAUGUAGAGACCGAAGUGCUUGAGGACAUUGAGAGAAACGGCGUUCAGGUCAAACGCCCUGACGGGUCUACCGCCAUCCAUCGGCCGCCGAUUCACCCUUCUUGGAGGACCAUCCGGCUUAUCCAGGACAAGUACCUCCAGAAAGAGCAUUUCAGGACCAGCGGCAAGGGAAUCCCCAUCGCCGACCAGCUACCAGUCGCGUCCGACUCUGCGUCUCUCAGGGACGUCGCUGAGAAGUUCGGCUUUCCUUUCAUGCUGAAGGCCCGGAAAGGCAGCUACGACGGGAGGGGCAACUUCAAGGUCAACAGCGAGGCCGACUUUGAGGCUGCCAUCAAGGCACUUGGGGGGCUCAGUUUGUACGCCGAGAAAUGGGCCCCAUUUGUCAAGGAGCUUGCCGUCAUGGUCAUCAGGACCGAGGAUGACAAGGGCAAUCUCAGAAACUGCGUCGCAUAUCCUGCCGUCGAGACUGUCCAUGAGGACAGCAUCUGCACCAGGGUCUUUAUGCCACCUAGAGAUGUGCCCGAGGCAGUGUGCGAAUCCGCGCGGAACUUAGCAACCCAGGUUAUCAGCACCCUUUGGGGUAGAGGUGUUUUUGCCGUGGAAAUGUUUCUUCUGGAAGAUGGCUCGCUGAUGGUCAACGAGGUCGCACCCCGCCCGCACAACUCCGGCCACUACACCAUCGAGGCGGUCCCUCAAAUGUCACAGUUCAAGGCGCAACUCCAUGCCGUCCUUGACCUGCCCGUUCCCGCCACUUUGACGCCUAGAGUGUCCUCCGCCAUCAUGCUCAAUAUCCUCGGCGGCGCCACCCCUUCCGCCCACCACAAACUAGUCCAACUAGCCCGGUCCACCCUCGACGACAGCAUGGACGUCUACCUCCACUUGUACAACAAGGCGUCCAAACCGAGCCGGAAAAUCGGCCACAUUACCCUGACGGGGUCUUCAACCAUCCAGGAUCUGCAGGCCAAAGCCAAGCCAUUCAUCGACCUCGUGGACGAGAUCAGGCUGGAGCGCACUUCAGCCGCAUCUGAAACCCUCCGUCCCCAGGCAUCUCCAGAAAAGCAACAACAACAACAACAACAACAACAACAACACCAUGAAGAAAAGAAACCCCUCGUGCUGGUAACAAUGGGCUCCGACUCGGACCUGCCCGUGCUCAAGCCCGGGCUGGACGUGCUGCGCCAGUUCGGGGUGCCCUACGCGCUCGACAUCACCUCGGCGCACCGCACGCCCAAGCGCAUGAUGCGUGUCGCCGACGAGGCUGCCGGCCGAGGCAUCAAGGUCAUCAUUGCCGCGGCGGGCGGCGCCGCCCAUUUACCUGGCAUGCUCUCGUCCGAGACCCCGCUGCCCGUGAUUGGUGUCCCUGUGAAAGCGACACACCUGGACGGGGUGGAUAGUUUGUUGAGUAUCGUUCAGAUGCCCAGGGGAGUGCCGACCGCUACGGUGGGCAUCAACAACUCGACGAAUGCCGCGCUGCUGGCUGUGAGGAUCCUGGGGUCUUUUGUCCCAGAGUACCAGGAGAAGAUGAGGAAAUAUCAGCUGGAGAUGGAGGAGCAGGUCAUUGUUAAGGGGGAUAAGCUGCGCCAGGAAGGGGAUGUGGCAUACCUUGCGGGUAUGGCUAGCAAAGGGAAAUAGGGGCCAGAUACCUUAACCACGCUUGAUAAAAAUUACAGGUUCACACCAUGUAGUAUUUGGUCCGUGGCGCUCUGUCGUGUUUCUGUCAUGUAUGUACUCCGUACCCGACCGGUUAGGACAUAUCCAGCCUUGAGAUGGGGGAGUUGUAGUGGAAUGGUGUGAUAGUAGCAUGGUGCGAUUCCUCUGCGGUGGCGGAAAGCCAGAGCCUAGAUCCGUAUAGAUAUAGUACCAUUAA